GGUUCAAAACCAUGAAUUGGUUGACUACGCUUGGUUUCGCAGUCCUACUGCUCUCUCUGCAGUGCAAUGGCGUACAAAGCAGGAAACACUCCAGCAAUCUUUCUCGGAGUCCUUGGGCAGAUUCGGCCAAAGCAAAAGCUUUCAUGGAUUGUCUAAUUAAAAAGAUAGAACAGUCUGAUGUUUUACCUCAAAAAGAAAAAGAAGAUAUGGAAAUGCUUGUGCAGUCCUUGAUGUCAGCGUUAUCUGGACAUAAAGGUAAUAAUUCGGAAGCUACACUUAAAGCAAUGAACAUGGCAUUUGCAUCCGCACUUGCCGAAUUAGUAGUUGCAGAAGAUGCAGACGAUCCGGAUAGUAUUGCUACGAAAACAGAAGCACUUUCAAAAGCUCUUCAGCAAUGUUUCAAGAAGACCAUGCACAAGGUCAACAGAAAAUUCAUUGCAGAAAUAAAAGAUUUAAUCCAGAUGUUUGUCAAAGAAGCUGCGGAAGACAUGAAUGACACAGAUGAAGAUAAUGAAUUUCAAGAAGAUUAUACCUCUAAUAUGGAAUUCCAAACAAGUGAUUUAGCAGCCAAAGACACAUUUAUAACAAAUUACCAGACAGACCAAGGAUAUGCUACAGACCAAUAUCCAACAGAAGGGCAAUUUGGACCGUCUGACACUUCGUCUGGCGCAGGGCUGACACCAGAUCGAUUAACGAAUACUCUGAGUAGAUCAAGAGUGCUCGUUAGCGUCUUCGGUGGAUUGAGAUCGCCUUAUCAAGUCAGAGACGUUCUGAAAGAGGCAGUGAAAGGAAUUCUGACUGAUUUGCUGCGUGUGGACGUCAAUUCUGCAUCCCGCUUGGCAGAUGUCUCGACAUCUUUUGCCGUGAGGUUGCCCAUCGGUUCUUCGCCUGGUGAUUAUGUAAGACCACUUGUGCAACAGUUGUAUCCCAGACUUCAGUCCUUUUUCGCCAAGCCGGGUGCUUCCAAUCUCUUCUUCAAACUUUUGCUCACGGGUCUCACAAAUAAAGCCUCACAGUACGGUGUAGUGAUUCCUAAAGAUGCUGCGGACAAUGACAUUGUAUCGCUCAGCGCGAACCUAGGCUCGAUUCCUUCUGUCCCAACAUCAGUUGGCGCUGACAUAUCUCUUGGAGACACAGCAGGGCAAUAUCCCGAAGGAGGACAAUUCGGACCGGCGGACUCCCCGUCUGACUCAACGUCUGGCGCAGGACUGACACCAGAUCGAUUAACGGAUGCGCUGAGCGGAUCAAGAGUGAUCGUAAGCGUCUUAGGUGGACUGAGAUCCCCUUAUCAAGUCAGAGACGUUCUGAAAGAGGCAGUGAAAGGAAUUCUGACUGAUUUGCUCCGUGUGGACGUCAAUUCUGCAUCCCGCCUGGCCGAUAUCUCGACCUCUUUUGCCGUGAGGUUGCCCAUCGGUUCUUCGUCUGGCGAGUAUGUAAGACCACUUGUGCAGCAGUUGUAUCCCAGACUUCAGUCCUUCUUUGCCAAGCCGGGUUCUUCCAAUCUCUUCUUCAAACUUUUGCUCACGGGUAUCACAAACAAAGCCGCACAAUACGGUGUAAUGAUUCCUAAAGAUGCUGCGGACAAUGACAUUGUAUCGCUCAGCGCGAACCUAGGCUCGAUUCCUUCUGUCCCAACAUCAGUUGGCGCUGACAUAUCUCUUGGAGACUCAGGAGGGCAAUAUCCCGAUGGAGGACAAUUCGGACCGGCCGGCUCCCCGUCUGACUCAUCGUCUGGCGCAGGGCUGACACCAGAUCGAUUAACGGAUGCUCUGAGCGGAUCAAGAGUGCUCGUUAGCGUCUUCGGUGGAUUGAGAUCUCCUAAUCAAGUCAGAGACGUUCUGAAAGAGGCAGUGAAAGGAAUUCUGACUGAUUUGCUCCGUGUGGACGUCAAUUCUGCAUCCCGCCUGGCCGAUAUCUCGACCUCUUUUGCCGUGAGGUUGCCCAUCGGUUCUUCGUCUGGCGAGUAUGUAAGACCACUUGUGCAGCAGUUGUAUCCCAGACUUCAGUCCUUCUUCGCCAAGCCGGGUGCUUCCAAUCUCUUCUUCAAACUUUUGCUCACGGGUAUCACAAACAAAGCCGCACAAUACGGUGUAAUGAUUCCUAAAGAUGCUGCGGACAAUGACAUUGUAUCGCUCAGCGCGAACCUAGGCUCGAUUCCUUCUGUCCCAACAUCAGUUGGCGCUGACAUAUCUCUUGGAGACUCAGGAGGGCAAUAUCCCGAUGGAGGACAAUUCGGACCGGCCGGCUCCCCGUCUGACUCAUCGUCUGGCGCAGGGCUGACACCAGAUCGAUUAACGGAUGCUCUGAGCGGAUCAAGAGUGCUCGUUAGCGUCUUCGGUGGAUUGAGAUCUCCUAAUCAAGUCAGAGACGUUCUGAAAGAGGCAGUGAAAGGAAUUCUGACUGAUUUGCUCCGUGUGGACGUCAAUUCUGCAUCCCGCCUGGCCGAUAUCUCGACCUCUUUUGCCGUGAGGUUGCCCAUCGGUUCUUCGUCUGGCGAGUAUGUAAGACCACUUGUGCAGCAGUUGUAUCCCAGACUUCAGUCCUUCUUCGCCAAGCCGGGUGCUUCCAAUCUCUUCUUCAAACUUUUGCUCACGGGUAUCACAAACAAAGCCGCACAAUACGGUGUAAUGAUUCCUAAAGAUGCAGCGGACAAUGACAUUGUAUCGCUCAGCGCGAACCUAGGCUCGAUUCCUUCUGUCCCAACAUCAGUUGGCGCUGACAUAUCUCUUGGAGACUCAGGAGGGCAAUAUCCCGAUGGAGGACAAUUCGGACCGGCCGGCUCCCCGUCUGACUCAUCGUCUGGCGCAGGGCUGACACCAGAUCGAUUAACGGAUGCUCUGAGCGGAUCAAGAGUGCUCGUUAGCGUCUUCGGUGGAUUGAGAUCUCCUAAUCAAGUCAGAGACGUUCUGAAAGAGGCAGUGAAAGGAAUUCUGACUGAUUUGCUCCGUGUGGACGUCAAUUCUGCAUCCCGCCUGGCCGAUAUCUCGACCUCUUUUGCCGUGAGGUUGCCCAUCGGUUCUUCGUCUGGCGAGUAUGUAAGACCACUUGUGCAGCAGUUGUAUCCCAGACUUCAGUCCUUCUUCGCCAAGCCGGGUGCUUCCAAUCUCUUCUUCAAACUUUUGCUCACGGGUAUCACAAACAAAGCCGCACAAUACGGUGUAAUGAUUCCUAAAGAUGCAGCGGACAAUGACAUUGUAUCGCUCAGCGCGAACCUAGGCUCGAUUCCUUCUGUCCCAACAUCAGUUGGCGCUGACAUAUCUCUUGGAGACUCAGGAGGGCAAUAUCCCGAUGGAGGACAAUUCGGACCGGCCGGCUCCCCGUCUGACUCAUCGUCUGGCGCAGGGCUGACACCAGAUCGAUUAACGGAUGCUCUGAGCGGAUCAAGAGUGCUCGUUAGCGUCUUCGGUGGAUUGAGAUCUCCUAAUCAAGUCAGAGACGUUCUGAAAGAGGCAGUGAAAGGAAUUCUGACUGAUUUGCUCCGUGUGGACGUCAAUUCUGCAUCCCGCCUGGCCGAUAUCUCGACCUCUUUUGCCGUGAGGUUGCCCAUCGGUUCUUCGUCUGGCGAGUAUGUAAGACCACUUGUGCAGCAGUUGUAUCCCAGACUUCAGUCCUUCUUCGCCAAGCCGGGUGCUUCCAAUCUCUUCUUCAAACUUUUGCUCACGGGUAUCACAAACAAAGCCGCACAAUACGGUGUAAUGAUUCCUAAAGAUGCUGCGGACAAUGACAUUGUAUCGCUCAGCGCGAACCUAGGCUCGAUUCCUUCUGUCCCAACAUCAGUUGGCGCUGACAUAUCUCUUGGAGACUCAGGAGGGCAAUAUCCCGAUGGAGGACAAUUCGGACCGGCCGGCUCCCCGUCUGACUCAUCGUCUGGCGCAGGGCUGACACCAGAUCGAUUAACGGAUGCUCUGAGCGGAUCAAGAGUGCUCGUUAGCGUCUUCGGUGGAUUGAGAUCUCCUAAUCAAGUCAGAGACGUUCUGAAAGAGGCAGUGAAAGGAAUUCUGACUGAUUUGCUCCGUGUGGACGUCAAUUCUGCAUCCCGCCUGGCCGAUAUCUCGACCUCUUUUGCCGUGAGGUUGCCCAUCGGUUCUUCGUCUGGCGAGUAUGUAAGACCACUUGUGCAGCAGUUGUAUCCCAGACUUCAGUCCUUCUUCGCCAAGCCGGGUGCUUCCAAUCUCUUCUUCAAACUUUUGCUCACGGGUAUCACAAACAAAGCCGCACAAUACGGUGUAAUGAUUCCUAAAGAUGCUGCGGACAAUGACAUUGUAUCGCUCAGCGCGAACCUAGGCUCGAUUCCUUCUGUCCCAACAUCAGUUGGCGCUGACAUAUCUCUUGGAGACUCAGGAGGGCAAUAUCCCGAUGGAGGACAAUUCGGACCGGCCGGCUCCCCGUCUGACUCAUCGUCUGGCGCAGGGCUGACACCAGAUCGAUUAACGGAUGCUCUGAGCGGAUCAAGAGUGCUCGUUAGCGUCUUCGGUGGAUUGAGAUCUCCUAAUCAAGUCAGAGACGUUCUGAAAGAGGCAGUGAAAGGAAUUCUGACUGAUUUGCUCCGUGUGGACGUCAAUUCUGCAUCCCGCCUGGCCGAUAUCUCGACCUCUUUUGCCGUGAGGUUGCCCAUCGGUUCUUCGUCUGGCGAGUAUGUAAGACCACUUGUGCAGCAGUUGUAUCCCAGACUUCAGUCCUUCUUCGCCAAGCCGGGUGCUUCCAAUCUCUUCUUCAAACUUUUGCUCACGGGUAUCACAAACAAAGCCGCACAAUACGGUGUAAUGAUUCCUAAAGAUGCUGCGGACAAUGACAUUGUAUCGCUCAGCGCGAACCUAGGCUCGAUUCCUUCUGUCCCAACAUCAGUUGGCACUGACAUAUCUCUUGGAGACUCAGGAGGGCAAUAUCCCGAUGGAGGACAAUUCGGACCGGCCGGCUCCCCGUCUGACUCAUCGUCUGGCGCAGGGCUGACACCAGAUCGAUUAACGGAUGCUCUGAGCGGAUCAAGAGUGCUCGUUAGCGUCUUCGGUGGAUUGAGAUCUCCUAAUCAAGUCAGAGACGUUCUGAAAGAGGCAGUGAAAGGAAUUCUGACUGAUUUGCUCCGUGUGGACGUCAAUUCUGCAUCCCGCCUGGCCGAUAUCUCGACCUCUUUUGCCGUGAGGUUGCCCAUCGGUUCUUCGUCUGGCGAGUAUGUAAGACCACUUGUGCAGCAGUUGUAUCCCAGACUUCAGUCCUUCUUCGCCAAGCCGGGUGCUUCCAAUCUCUUCUUCAAACUUUUGCUCACGGGUAUCACAAACAAAGCCGCACAAUACGGUGUAAUGAUUCCUAAAGAUGCUGUGGACAAUGACAUUGUAUCGCUCAGCGCGAACCUAGGCUCGAUUCCUUCUGUCCCAACAUCAGUUGGCGCUGACAUAUCUCUUGGAGACUCAGGAGGGCAAUAUCCCGAUGGAGGGCAAUUCGGACCGGCCGGCUCCCCGUCUGACUCAUCGUCUGGCGCAGGGCUGACACCAGAUCGAUUAACGGAUGCUCUGAGCGGAUCAAGAGUGCUCGUUAGCGUCUUCGGUGGAUUGAGAUCUCCUAAUCAAGUCAGAGACGUUCUGAAAGAGGCAGUGAAAGGAAUUCUGACUGAUUUGCUCCGUGUGGACGUCAAUUCUGCAUCCCGCCUGGCCGAUAUCUCGACCUCUUUUGCCGUGAGGUUGCCCAUCGGUUCUUCGUCUGGCGAGUAUGUAAGACCACUUGUGCAGCAGUUGUAUCCCAGACUUCAGUCCUUCUUCGCCAAGCCGGGUGCUUCCAAUCUCUUCUUCAAUCUUUUGCUCACGGGUAUCACAAACAAAGCCGCACAAUACGGUGUAAUGAUUCCUAAAGAUGCUGCGGACAAUGACAUUGUAUCGCUCAGCGCGAACCUAGGCUCGAUUCCUUCUGUCCCAACAUCAGUUGGCGCUGACAUAUCUCUUGGAGACUCAGGAGGGCAAUAUCCCGAUGGAGGGCAAUUCGGACCGGCCGGCUCCCCGUCUGACUCAUCGUCUGGCGCAGGGCUGACACCAGAUCGAUUAACGGAUGCUCUGAGCGGAUCAAGAGUGCUCGUUAGCGUCUUCGGUGGAUUGAGAUCUCCUAAUCAAGUCAGAGACGUUCUGAAAGAGGCAGUGAAAGGAAUUCUGACUGAUUUGCUCCGUGUGGACGUCAAUUCUGCAUCCCGCCUGGCCGAUAUCUCGACCUCUUUUGCCGUGAGGUUGCCCAUCGGUUCUUCGUCUGGCGAGUAUGUAAGACCACUUGUGCAGCAGUUGUAUCCCAGACUUCAGUCCUUCUUCGCCAAGCCGGGUGCUUCCAAUCUCUUCUUCAAACUUUUGCUCACGGGUAUCACAAACAAAGCCGCACAAUACGGUGUAAUGAUUCCUAAAGAUGCUGCGGACAAUGACAUUGUAUCGCUCAGCGCGAACCUAGGCUCGAUUCCUUCUGUCCCAACAUCAGUUGGCGCUGACAUAUCUCUUGGAGACUCAGGAGGGCAAUAUCCCGAUGGAGGACAAUUCGGACCGGCCGGCUCCCCGUCUGACUCAUCGUCUGGCGCAGGGCUGACACCAGAUCGAUUAACGGAUGCUCUGAGCGGAUCAAGAGUGCUCGUUAGCGUCUUCGGUGGAUUGAGAUCUCCUAAUCAAGUCAGAGACGUUCUGAAAGAGGCAGUGAAAGGAAUUCUGACUGAUUUGCUCCGUGUGGACGUCAAUUCUGCAUCCCGCCUGGCCGAUAUCUCGACCUCUUUUGCCGUGAGGUUGCCCAUCGGUUCUUCGUCUGGCGAGUAUGUAAGACCACUUGUGCAGCAGUUGUAUCCCAGACUUCAGUCCUUCUUCGCCAAGCCGGGUGCUUCCAAUCUCUUCUUCAAACUUUUGCUCACGGGUAUCACAAACAAAGCCGCACAAUACGGUGUAAUGAUUCCUAAAGAUGCUGCGGACAAUGACAUUGUAUCGCUCAGCGCGAACCUAGGCUCGAUUCCUUCUGUCCCAACAUCAGUUGGCGCUGACAUAUCUCUUGGAGACUCAGGAGGGCAAUAUCCCGAUGGAGGACAAUUCGGACCGGCCGGCUCCCCGUCUGACUCAUCGUCUGGCGCAGGGCUGACACCAGAUCGAUUAACGGAUGCUCUGAGCGGAUCAAGAGUGCUCGUUAGCGUCUUCGGUGGAUUGAGAUCUCCUAAUCAAGUCAGAGACGUUCUGAAAGAGGCAGUGAAAGGAAUUCUGACUGAUUUGCUCCGUGUGGACGUCAAUUCUGCAUCCCGCCUGGCCGAUAUCUCGACCUCUUUUGCUGUGAGGUUGCCCAUCGGUUCUUCGUCUGGCGAGUAUGUAAGACCACUUGUGCAGCAGUUGUAUCCCAGACUUCAGUCCUUCUUCGCCAAGCCGGGUGCUUCCAAUCUCUUCUUCAAACUUUUGCUCACGGGUAUCACAAACAAAGCCGCACAAUACGGUGUAAUGAUUCCUAAAGAUGCUGCGGACAAUGACAUUGUAUCGCUCAGCGCGAACCUAGGCUCGAUUCCUUCUGUCCCAACAUCAGUUGGCGCUGACAUAUCUCUUGGAGACUCAGGAGGGCAAUAUCCCGAUGGAGGACAAUUCGGACCGGCCGGCUCCCCGUCUGACUCAUCGUCUGGCGCAGGGCUGACACCAGAUCGAUUAACGGAUGCUCUGAGCGGAUCAAGAGUGCUCGUUAGCGUCUUCGGUGGAUUGAGAUCUCCUAAUCAAGUCAGAGACGUUCUGAAAGAGGCAGUGAAAGGAAUUCUGACUGAUUUGCUCCGUGUGGACGUCAAUUCUGCAUCCCGCCUGGCCGAUAUCUCGACCUCUUUUGCCGUGAGGUUGCCCAUCGGUUCUUCGUCUGGCGAGUAUGUAAGACCACUUGUGCAGCAGUUGUAUCCCAGACUUCAGUCCUUCUUCGCCAAGCCGGGUGCUUCCAAUCUCUUCUUCAAACUUUUGCUCACGGGUAUCACAAACAAAGCCGCACAAUACGGUGUAAUGAUUCCUAAAGAUGCUGCGGACAAUGACAUUGUAUCGCUCAGCGCGAACCUAGGCUCGAUUCCUUCUGUCCCAACAUCAGUUGGCGCUGACAUAUCUCUUGGAGACUCAGGAGGGCAAUAUCCCGAUGGAGGACAAUUCGGACCGGCCGGCUCCCCGUCUGACUCAUCGUCUGGCGCAGGGCUGACACCAGAUCGAUUAACGGAUGCUCUGAGCGGAUCAAGAGUGCUCGUUAGCGUCUUCGGUGGAUUGAGAUCUCCUAAUCAAGUCAGAGACGUUCUGAAAGAGGCAGUGAAAGGAAUUCUGACUGAUUUGCUCCGUGUGGACGUCAAUUCUGCAUCCCGCCUGGCCGAUAUCUCGACCUCUUUUGCCGUGAGGUUGCCCAUCGGUUCUUCGUCUGGCGAGUAUGUAAGACCACUUGUGCAGCAGUUGUAUCCCAGACUUCAGUCCUUCUUCGCCAAGCCGGGUGCUUCCAAUCUCUUCUUCAAACUUUUGCUAACGGGUAUCACAAACAAAGCCGCACAAUACGGUGUAAUGAUUCCUAAAGAUGCUGCGGACAAUGACAUUGUAUCGCUCAGCGCGAACCUAGGCUCGAUUCCUUCUGUCCCAACAUCAGUUGGCACUGACAUAUCUCUUGGAGACUCAGGAGGGCAAUAUCCCGAUGGAGGACAAUUCGGACCGGCCGGCUCCCCGUCUGACUCAUCGUCUGGCGCAGGGCUGACACCAGAUCGAUUAACGGAUGCUCUGAGCGGAUCAAGAGUGCUCGUUAGCGUCUUCGGUGGAUUGAGAUCUCCUAAUCAAGUCAGAGACGUUCUGAAAGAGGCAGUGAAAGGAAUUCUGACUGAUUUGCUCCGUGUGGACGUCAAUUCUGCAUCCCGCCUGGCCGAUAUCUCGACCUCUUUUGCCGUGAGGUUGCCCAUCGGUUCUUCGUCUGGCGAGUAUGUAAGACCACUUGUGCAGCAGUUGUAUCCCAGACUUCAGUCCUUCUUCGCCAAGCCGGGUGCUUCCAAUCUCUUCUUCAAACUUUUGCUCACGGGUAUCACAAACAAAGCCGCACAAUACGGUGUAAUGAUUCCUAAAGAUGCUGCGGACAAUGACAUUGUAUCGCUCAGCGCGAACCUAGGCUCGAUUCCUUCUGUCCCAACAUCAGUUGGCGCUGACAUAUCUCUUGGAGACUCAGGAGGGCAAUAUCCCGAUGGAGGACAAUUCGGACCGGCCGGCUCCCCGUCUGUCUCAUCGUCUGGCGCAGGGCUGACACCAGAUCGAUUAACGGAUGCUCUGAGCGGAUCAAGAGUGCUCGUUAGCGUCUUCGGUGGAUUGAGAUCUCCUAAUCAAGUCAGAGACGUUCUGAAAGAGGCAGUGAAAGGAAUUCUGACUGAUUUGCUCCGUGUGGACGUCAAUUCUGCAUCCCGCCUGGCCGAUAUCUCGACCUCUUUUGCCGUGAGGUUGCCCAUCGGUUCUUCGUCUGGCGAGUAUGUAAGACCACUUGUGCAGCAGUUGUAUCCCAGACUUCAGUCCUUCUUCGCCAAGCCGGGUGCUUCCAAUCUCUUCUUCAAACUUUUGCUCACGGGUAUCACAAACAAAGCCGCACAAUACGGUGUAAUGAUUCCUAAAGAUGCUGCGGACAAUGACAUUGUAUCGCUCAGCGCGAACCUAGGCUCGAUUCCUUCUGUCCCAACAUCAGUUGGCGCUGACAUAUCUCUUGGAGACUCAGGAGGGCAAUAUCCCGAUGGAGGGCAAUUCGGACCGGCCGGCUCCCCGUCUGACUCAUCGUCUGGCGCAGGGCUGACACCAGAUCGAUUAACGGAUGCUCUGAGCGGAUCAAGAGUGCUCGUUAGCGUCUUCGGUGGAUUGAGAUCUCCUAAUCAAGUCAGAGACGUUCUGAAAGAGGCAGUGAAAGGAAUUCUGACUGAUUUGCUCCGUGUGGACGUCAAUUCUGCAUCCCGCCUGGCCGAUAUCUCGACCUCUUUUGCCGUGAGGUUGCCCAUCGGUUCUUCGUCUGGCGAGUAUGUAAGACCACUUGUGCAGCAGCUGUAUCCCAGACUUCAGUCCUUCUUCGCCAAGCCGGGUGCUUCCAAUCUCUUCUUCAAACUUUUGCUCACGGGUAUCACAAACAAAGCCGCACAAUACGGUGUAAUGAUUCCUAAAGAUGCUGCGGACAAUGACAUUGUAUCGCUCAGCGCGAACCUAGGCUCGAUUCCUUCUGUCCCAACAUCAGUUGGCGCUGACAUAUCUCUUGGAGACUCAGGAGGGCAAUAUCCCGAUGGAGGACAAUUCGGACCGGCCGGCUCCCCGUCUGACUCAUCGUCUGGCGCAGGGCUGACACCAGAUCGAUUAACGGAUGCUCUGAGCGGAUCAAGAGUGCUCGUUAGCGUCUUCGGUGGAUUGAGAUCUCCUAAUCAAGUCAGAGACGUUCUGAAAGAGGCAGUGAAAGGAAUUCUGACUGAUUUGCUCCGUGUGGACGUCAAUUCUGCAUCCCGCCUGGCCGAUAUCUCGACCUCUUUUGCCGUGAGGUUGCCCAUCGGUUCUUCGUCUGGCGAGUAUGUAAGACCACUUGUGCAGCAGUUGUAUCCCAGACUUCAGUCCUUCUUCGCCAAGCCGGGUGCUUCCAAUCUCUUCUUCAAACUUUUGCUCACGGGUAUCACAAACAAAGCCGCACAAUACGGUGUAAUGAUUCCUAAAGAUGCUGCGGACAAUGACAUUGUAUCGCUCAGCGCGAACCUAGGCUCGAUUCCUUCUGUCCCAACAUCAGUUGGCGCUGACAUAUCUCUUGGAGACACAGGAGGGCAAUAUCCCGAUGGAGGACAAUUCGGACCGGCCGGCUCCCCGUCUGACUCAUCGUCUGGCGCAGGGCUGACACCAGAUCGAUUAACGGAUGCUCUGAGCGGAUCAAGAGUGCUCGUUAGCGUCUUCGGUGGAUUGAGAUCUCCUAAUCAAGUCAGAGACGUUCUGAAAGAGGCAGUGAAAGGAAUUCUGACUGAUUUGCUCCGUGUGGACGUCAAUUCUGCAUCCCGCCUGGCCGAUAUCUCGACCUCUUUUGCCGUGAGGUUGCCCAUCGGUUCUUCGUCUGGCGAGUAUGUAAGACCACUUGUGCAGCAGUUGUAUCCCAGACUUCAGUCCUUCUUCGCCAAGCCGGGUGCUUCCAAUCUCUUCUUCAAACUUUUGCUCACGGGUAUCACAAACAAAGCCGCACAAUACGGUGUAAUGAUUCCUAAAGAUGCUGCGGACAAUGACAUUGUAUCGCUCAGCGCGAACCUAGGCUCGAUUCCUUCUGUCCCAACAUCAGUUGGCGCUGACAUAUCUCUUGGAGACUCAGGAGGGCAAUAUCCCGAUGGAGGACAAUUCGGACCGGCCGGUUCCCCGUCUGACUCAUCGUCUGGCGCAGGGCUGACACCAGAUCGAUUAACGGAUGCUCUGAGCGGAUCAAGAGUGCUCGUUAGCGUCUUCGGUGGAUUGAGAUCUCCUAAUCAAGUCAGAGACGUUCUGAAAGAGGCAGUGAAAGGAAUUCUGACUGAUUUGCUCCGUGUGGACGUCAAUUCUGCAUCCCGCCUGGCCGAUAUCUCGACCUCUUUUGCCGUGAGGUUGCCCAUCGGUUCUUCCUCUGGCGAGUAUGUAAGACCACUUGUGCAGCAGUUGUAUCCCAGACUUCAGUCCUUCUUCGCCAAGCCGGGUGCUUCCAAUCUCUUCUUCAAACUUUUGCUCACGGGUAUCACAAACAAAGCCGCACAAUACGGUGUAAUGAUUCCUAAAGAUGCUGCGGACAAUGACAUUGUAUCGCUCAGCGCGAACCUAGGCUCGAUUCCUUCUGUCCCAACAUCAGUUGGCGCUGACAUAUCUCUUGGAGACUCAGGAGGGCAAUAUCCCGAUGGAGGACAAUUCGGACCGGCCGGCUCCCCGUCUGACUCAUCGUCUGGCGCAGGGCUGACACCAGAUCGAUUAACGGAUGCUCUGAGCGGAUCAAGAGUGCUCGUUAGCGUCUUCGGUGGAUUGAGAUCUCCUAAUCAAGUCAGAGACGUUCUGAAAGAGGCAGUGAAAGGAAUUCUGACUGAUUUGCUCCGUGUGGACGUCAAUUCUGCAUCCCGCCUGGCCGAUAUCUCGACCUCUUUUGCCGUGAGGUUGCCCAUCGGUUCUUCGUCUGGCGAGUAUGUAAGACCACUUGUGCAGCAGUUGUAUCCCAGACUUCAGUCCUUCUUCGCCAAGCCGGGUGCUUCCAAUCUCUUCUUCAAACUUUUGCUCACGGGUAUCACAAACAAAGCCGCACAAUACGGUGUAAUGAUUCCUAAAGAUGCUGCGGACAAUGACAUUGUAUCGCUCAGCGCGAACCUAGGCUCGAUUCCUUCUGUCCCAACAUCAGUUGGCGCUGACAUAUCUCUUGGAGACACAGGAGGGCAAUAUCCCGAUGGAGGACAAUUCGGACCGGCCGGCUCCCCGUCUGACUCAUCGUCUGGCGCAGGGCUGACACCAGAUCGAUUAACGGAUGCUCUGAGCGGAUCAAGAGUGCUCGUUAGCGUCUUCGGUGGAUUGAGAUCUCCUAAUCAAGUCAGAGACGUUCUGAAAGAGGCAGUGAAAGGAAUUCUGACUGAUUUGCUCCGUGUGGACGUCAAUUCUGCAUCCCGCCUGGCCGAUAUCUCGACCUCUUUUGCCGUGAGGUUGCCCAUCGGUUCUUCGUCUGGCGAGUAUGUAAGACCACUUGUGCAGCAGUUGUAUCCCAGACUUCAGUCCUUCUUCGCCAAGCCGGGUGCUUCCAAUCUCUUCUUCAAACUUUUGCUCACGGGUAUCACAAACAAAGCCGCACAAUACGGUGUAAUGAUUCCUAAAGAUGCUGCGGACAAUGACAUUGUAUCGCUCAGCGCGAACCUAGGCUCGAUUCCUUCUGUCCCAACAUCAGUUGGCGCUGACAUAUCUCUUGGAGACUCAGGAGGGCAAUAUCCCGAUGGAGGACAAUUCGGACCGGCCGGCUCCCCGUCUGACUCAUCGUCUGGCGCAGGGCUGACACCAGAUCGAUUAACGGAUGCUCUGAGCGGAUCAAGAGUGCUCGUUAGCGUCUUCGGUGGAUUGAGAUCUCCUAAUCAAGUCAGAGACGUUCUGAAAGAGGCAGUGAAAGGAAUUCUGACUGAUUUGCUCCGUGUGGACGUCAAUUCUGCAUCCCGCCUGGCCGAUAUCUCGACCUCUUUUGCCGUGAGGUUGCCCAUCGGUUCUUCCUCUGGCGAGUAUGUAAGACCACUUGUGCAGCAGUUGUAUCCCAGACUUCAGUCCUUCUUCGCCAAGCCGGGUGCUUCCAAUCUCUUCUUCAAACUUUUGCUCACGGGUAUCACAAACAAAGCCGCACAAUACGGUGUAAUGAUUCCUAAAGAUGCUGCGGACAAUGACAUUGUAUCGCUCAGCGCGAACCUAGGCUCGAUUCCUUCUGUCCCAACAUCAGUUGGCGCUGACAUAUCUCUUGGAGACUCAGGAGGGCAAUAUCCCGAUGGAGGACAAUUCGGACCGGCCGGCUCCCCGUCUGACUCAUCGUCUGGCGCAGGGCUGACACCAGAUCGAUUAACGGAUGCUCUGAGCGGAUCAAGAGUGCUCGUUAGCGUCUUCGGUGGAUUGAGAUCUCCUAAUCAAGUCAGAGACGUUCUGAAAGAGGCAGUGAAAGGAAUUCUGACUGAUUUGCUCCGUGUGGACGUCAAUUCUGCAUCCCGCCUGGCCGAUAUCUCGACCUCUUUUGCCGUGAGGUUGCCCAUCGGUUCUUCCUCUGGCGAGUAUGUAAGACCACUUGUGCAGCAGUUGUAUCCCAGACUUCAGUCCUUCUUCGCCAAGCCGGGUGCUUCCAAUCUCUUCUUCAAACUUUUGCUCACGGGUAUCACAAACAAAGCCGCACAAUACGGUGUAAUGAUUCCUAAAGAUGCUGCGGACAAUGACAUUGUAUCGAUCAGCGCGAACCUAGGCUCGAUUCCUUCUGUCCCAACAUCAGUUGGCGCUGACAUAUCUCUUGGAGACUCAGGAGGGCAAUAUCCCGAUGGAGGACAAUUCGGACCGGCCGGCUCCCCGUCUGACUCAUCGUCUGGCGCAGGGCUGACACCAGAUCGAUUAACGGAUGCUCUGAGCGGAUCAAGAGUGCUCGUUAGCGUCUUCGGUGGAUUGAGAUCUCCUAAUCAAGUCAGAGACGUUCUGAAAGAGGCAGUGAAAGGAAUUCUGACUGAUUUGCUCCGUGUGGACGUCAAUUCUGCAUCCCGCCUGGCCGAUAUCUCGACCUCUUUUGCCGUGAGGUUGCCCAUCGGUUCUUCCUCUGGCGAGUAUGUAAGACCACUUGUGCAGCAGUUGUAUCCCAGACUUCAGUCCUUCUUCGCCAAGCCGGGUGCUUCCAAUCUCUUCUUCAAACUUUUGCUCACGGGUAUCACAAACAAAGCCGCACAAUACGGUGUAAUGAUUCCUAAAGAUGCUGCGGACAAUGACAUUGUAUCGCUCAGCGCGAACCUAGGCUCGAUUCCUUCUGUCCCAACAUCAGUUGGCGCUGACAUAUCUCUUGGAGACUCAGGAGGGCAAUAUCCCGAUGGAGGACAAUUCGGACCGGCCGGCUCCCCGUCUGACUCAUCGUCUGGCGCAGGGCUGACACCAGAUCGAUUAACGGAUGCUCUGAGCGGAUCAAGAGUGCUCGUUAGCGUCUUCGGUGGAUUGAGAUCUCCUAAUCAAGUCAGAGACGUUCUGAAAGAGGCAGUGAAAGGAAUUCUGACUGAUUUGCUCCGUGUGGACGUCAAUUCUGCAUCCCGCCUGGCCGAUAUCUCGACCUCUUUUGCCGUGAGGUUGCCCAUCGGUUCUUCCUCUGGCGAGUAUGUAAGACCACUUGUGCAGCAGUUGUAUCCCAGACUUCAGUCCUUCUUCGCCAAGCCGGGUGCUUCCAAUCUCUUCUUCAAACUUUUGCUCACGGGUAUCACAAACAAAGCCGCACAAUACGGUGUAAUGAUUCCUAAAGAUGCUGCGGACAAUGACAUUGUAUCGAUCAGCGCGAACCUAGGCUCGAUUCCUUCUGUCCCAACAUCAGUUGGCGCUGACAUAUCUCUUGGAGACUCAGGAGGGCAAUAUCCCGAUGGAGGACAAUUCGGACCGGCCGGCUCCCCGUCUGACUCAUCGUCUGGCGCAGGGCUGACACCAGAUCGAUUAACGGAUGCUCUGAGCGGAUCAAGAGUGCUCGUUAGCGUCUUCGGUGGAUUGAGAUCUCCUAAUCAAGUCAGAGACGUUCUGAAAGAGGCAGUGAAAGGAAUUCUGACUGAUUUGCUCCGUGUGGACGUCAAUUCUGCAUCCCGCCUGGCCGAUAUCUCGACCUCUUUUGCCGUGAGGUUGCCCAUCGGUUCUUCCUCUGGCGAGUAUGUAAGACCACUUGUGCAGCAGUUGUAUCCCAGACUUCAGUCCUUCUUCGCCAAGCCGGGUGCUUCCAAUCUCUUCUUCAAACUUUUGCUCACGGGUAUCACAAACAAAGCCGCACAAUACGGUGUAAUGAUUCCUAAAGAUGCUGCGGACAAUGACAUUGUAUCGAUCAGCGCGAACCUAGGCUCGAUUCCUUCUGUCCCAACAUCAGUUGGCGCUGACAUAUCUCUUGGAGACUCAGGAGGGCAAUAUCCCGAUGGAGGACAAUUCGGACCGGCCGGCUCCCCGUCUGACUCAUCGUCUGGCGCAGGGCUGACACCAGAUCGAUUAACGGAUGCUCUGAGCGGAUCAAGAGUGCUCGUUAGCGUCUUCGGUGGAUUGAGAUCUCCUAAUCAAGUCAGAGACGUUCUGAAAGAGGCAGUGAAAGGAAUUCUGACUGAUUUGCUCCGUGUGGACGUCAAUUCUGCAUCCCGCCUGGCCGAUAUCUCGACCUCUUUUGCCGUGAGGUUGCCCAUCGGUUCUUCGUCUGGCGAGUAUGUAAGACCACUUGUGCAGCAGUUGUAUCCCAGACUUCAGUCCUUCUUCGCCAAGCCGGGUGCUUCCAAUCUCUUCUUCAAACUUUUGCUCACGGGUAUCACAAACAAAGCCGCACAAUACGGUGUAAUGAUUCCUAAAGAUGCUGCGGACAAUGACAUUGUAUCGCUCAGCGCGAACCUAGGCUCGAUUCCUUCUGUCCCAACAUCAGUUGGCGCUGACAUAUCUCUUGGAGACUCAGGAGGGCAAUAUCCCGAUGGAGGACAAUUCGGACCGGCCGGCUCCCCGUCUGACUCAUCGUCUGGCGCAGGGCUGACACCAGAUCGAUUAACGGAUGCUCUGAGCGGAUCAAGAGUGCUCGUUAGCGUCUUCGGUGGAUUGAGAUCUCCUAAUCAAGUCAGAGACGUUCUGAAAGAGGCAGUGAAAGGAAUUCUGACUGAUUUGCUCCGUGUGGACGUCAAUUCUGCAUCCCGCCUGGCCGAUAUCUCGACCUCUUUUGCCGUGAGGUUGCCCAUCGGUUCUUCGUCUGGCGAGUAUGUAAGACCACUUGUGCAGCAGUUGUAUCCCAGACUUCAGUCCUUCUUCGCCAAGCCGGGUGCUUCCAAUCUCUUCUUCAAACUUUUGCUCACGGGUAUCACAAACAAAGCCGCACAAUACGGUGUAAUGAUUCCUAAAGAUGCUGCGGACAAUGACAUUGUAUCGCUCAGCGCGAACCUAGGCUCGAUUCCUUCUGUCCCAACAUCAGUUGGCGCUGACAUAUCUCUUGGAGACUCAGGAGGGCAAUAUCCCGAUGGAGGACAAUUCGGACCGGCCGGCUCCCCGUCUGACUCAUCGUCUGGCGCAGGGCUGACACCAGAUCGAUUAACGGAUGCUCUGAGCGGAUCAAGAGUGCUCGUUAGCGUCUUCGGUGGAUUGAGAUCUCCUAAUCAAGUCAGAGACGUUCUGAAAGAGGCAGUGAAAGGAAUUCUGACUGAUUUGCUCCGUGUGGACGUCAAUUCUGCAUCCCGCCUGGCCGAUAUCUCGACCUCUUUUGCCGUGAGGUUGCCCAUCGGUUCUUCGUCUGGCGAGUAUGUAAGACCACUUGUGCAGCAGUUGUAUCCCAGACUUCAGUCCUUCUUCGCCAAGCCGGGUGCUUCCAAUCUCUUCUUCAAACUUUUGCUCACGGGUAUCACAAACAAAGCCGCACAAUACGGUGUAAUGAUUCCUAAAGAUGCUGCGGACAAUGACAUUGUAUCGCUCAGCGCGAACCUAGGCUCGAUUCCUUCUGUCCCAACAUCAGUUGGCGCUGACAUAUCUCUUGGAGACUCAGGAGGGCAAUAUCCCGAUGGAGGACAAUUCGGACCGGCCGGCUCCCCGUCUGACUCAUCGUCUGGCGCAGGGCUGACACCAGAUCGAUUAACGGAUGCUCUGAGCGGAUCAAGAGUGCUCGUUAGCGUCUUCGGUGGAUUGAGAUCUCCUAAUCAAGUCAGAGACGUUCUGAAAGAGGCAGUGAAAGGAAUUCUGACUGAUUUGCUCCGUGUGGACGUCAAUUCUGCAUCCCGCCUGGCCGAUAUCUCGACCUCUUUUGCCGUGAGGUUGCCCAUCGGUUCUUCGUCUGGCGAGUAUGUAAGACCACUUGUGCAGCAGUUGUAUCCCAGACUUCAGUCCUUCUUCGCCAAGCCGGGUGCUUCCAAUCUCUUCUUCAAACUUUUGCUCACGGGUAUCACAAACAAAGCCGCACAAUACGGUGUAAUGAUUCCUAAAGAUGCUGCGGACAAUGACAUUGUAUCGCUCAGCGCGAACCUAGGCUCGAUUCCUUCUGUCCCAACAUCAGUUGGCGCUGACAUAUCUCUUGGAGACUCAGGAGGGCAAUAUCCCGAUGGAGGACAAUUCGGACCGGCCGGCUCCCCGUCUGACUCAUCGUCUGGCGCAGGGCUGACACCAGAUCGAUUAACGGAUGCUCUGAGCGGAUCAAGAGUGCUCGUUAGCGUCUUCGGUGGAUUGAGAUCUCCUAAUCAAGUCAGAGACGUUCUGAAAGAGGCAGUGAAAGGAAUUCUGACUGAUUUGCUCCGUGUGGACGUCAAUUCUGCAUCCCGCCUGGCCGAUAUCUCGACCUCUUUUGCCGUGAGGUUGCCCAUCGGUUCUUCGUCUGGCGAGUAUGUAAGACCACUUGUGCAGCAGUUGUAUCCCAGACUUCAGUCCUUCUUCGCCAAGCCGGGUGCUUCCAAUCUCUUCUUCAAACUUUUGCUCACGGGUAUCACAAACAAAGCCGCACAAUACGGUGUAAUGAUUCCUAAAGAUGCUGCGGACAAUGACAUUGUAUCGCUCAGCGCGAACCUAGGCUCGAUUCCUUCUGUCCCAACAUCAGUUGGCGCUGACAUAUCUCUUGGAGACUCAGGAGGGCAAUAUCCCGAUGGAGGACAAUUCGGACCGGCCGGCUCCCCGUCUGACUCAUCGUCUGGCGCAGGGCUGACACCAGAUCGAUUAACGGAUGCUCUGAGCGGAUCAAGAGUGCUCGUUAGCGUCUUCGGUGGAUUGAGAUCUCCUAAUCAAGUCAGAGACGUUCUGAAAGAGGCAGUGAAAGGAAUUCUGACUGAUUUGCUCCGUGUGGACGUCAAUUCUGCAUCCCGCCUGGCCGAUAUCUCGACCUCUUUUGCCGUGAGGUUGCCCAUCGGUUCUUCGUCUGGCGAGUAUGUAAGACCACUUGUGCAGCAGUUGUAUCCCAGACUUCAGUCCUUCUUCGCCAAGCCGGGUGCUUCCAAUCUCUUCUUCAAACUUUUGCUCACGGGUAUCACAAACAAAGCCGCACAAUACGGUGUAAUGAUUCCUAAAGAUGCUGCGGACAAUGACAUUGUAUCGCUCAGCGCGAACCUAGGCUCGAUUCCUUCUGUCCCAACAUCAGUUGGCGCUGACAUAUCUCUUGGAGACUCAGGAGGGCAAUAUCCCGAUGGAGGACAAUUCGGACCGGCCGGCUCCCCGUCUGACUCAUCGUCUGGCGCAGGGCUGACACCAGAUCGAUUAACGGAUGCUCUGAGCGGAUCAAGAGUGCUCGUUAGCGUCUUCGGUGGAUUGAGAUCUCCUAAUCAAGUCAGAGACGUUCUGAAAGAGGCAGUGAAAGGAAUUCUGACUGAUUUGCUCCGUGUGGACGUCAAUUCUGCAUCCCGCCUGGCCGAUAUCUCGACCUCUUUUGCCGUGAGGUUGCCCAUCGGUUCUUCGUCUGGCGAGUAUGUAAGACCACUUGUGCAGCAGUUGUAUCCCAGACUUCAGUCCUUCUUCGCCAAGCCGGGUGCUUCCAAUCUCUUCUUCAAACUUUUGCUCACGGGUAUCACAAACAAAGCCGCACAAUACGGUGUAAUGAUUCCUAAAGAUGCUGCGGACAAUGACAUUGUAUCGCUCAGCGCGAACCUAGGCUCGAUUCCUUCUGUCCCAACAUCAGUUGGCGCUGACAUAUCUCUUGGAGACUCAGGAGGGCAAUAUCCCGAUGGAGGACAAUUCGGACCGGCCGGCUCCCCGUCUGACUCAUCGUCUGGCGCAGGGCUGACACCAGAUCGAUUAACGGAUGCUCUGAGCGGAUCAAGAGUGCUCGUUAGCGUCUUCGGUGGAUUGAGAUCUCCUAAUCAAGUCAGAGACGUUCUGAAAGAGGCAGUGAAAGGAAUUCUGACUGAUUUGCUCCGUGUGGACGUCAAUUCUGCAUCCCGCCUGGCCGAUAUCUCGACCUCUUUUGCCGUGAGGUUGCCCAUCGGUUCUUCCUCUGGCGAGUAUGUAAGACCACUUGUGCAGCAGUUGUAUCCCAGACUUCAGUCCUUCUUCGCCAAGCCGGGUGCUUCCAAUCUCUUCUUCAAACUUUUGCUCACGGGUAUCACAAACAAAGCCGCACAAUACGGUGUAAUGAUUCCUAAAGAUGCUGCGGACAAUGACAUUGUAUCGCUCAGCGCGAACCUAGGCUCGAUUCCUUCUGUCCCAACAUCAGUUGGCGCUGACAUAUCUCUUGGAGACUCAGGAGGGCAAUAUCCCGAUGGAGGACAAUUCGGACCGGCCGGCUCCCCGUCUGACUCAUCGUCUGGCGCAGGGCUGACACCAGAUCGAUUAACGGAUGCUCUGAGCGGAUCAAGAGUGCUCGUUAGCAUCUUCGGUGGAUUGAGAUCUCCUAAUCAAGUCAGAGACGUUCUGAAAGAGGCAGUGAAAGGAAUUCUGACUGAUUUGCUCCGUGUGGACGUCAAUUCUGCAUCCCGCCUGGCCGAUAUCUCGACCUCUUUUGCCGUGAGGUUGCCCAUCGGUUCUUCGUCUGGCGAGUAUGUAAGACCACUUGUGCAGCAGUUGUAUCCCAGACUUCAGUCCUUCUUCGCCAAGCCGGGUGCUUCCAAUCUCUUCUUCAAACUUUUGCUCACGGGUAUCACAAACAAAGCCGCACAAUACGGUGUAAUGAUUCCUAAAGAUGCUGCGGACAAUGACAUUGUAUCGCUCAGCGCGAACCUAGGCUCGAUUCCUUCUGUCCCAACAUCAGUUGGCGCUGACAUAUCUCUUGGAGACACAGGAGGGCAAUAUCCCGAUGGAGGACAAUUCGGACCGGCCGGCUCCCCGUCUGACUCAUCGUCUGGCGCAGGGCUGACACCAGAUCGAUUAACGGAUGCUCUGAGCGGAUCAAGAGUGCUCGUUAGCGUCUUCGGUGGAUUGAGAUCUCCUAAUCAAGUCAGAGACGUUCUGAAAGAGGCAGUGAAAGGAAUUCUGACUGAUUUGCUCCGUGUGGACGUCAAUUCUGCAUCCCGCCUGGCCGAUAUCUCGACCUCUUUUGCCGUGAGGUUGCCCAUCGGUUCUUCGUCUGGCGAGUAUGUAAGACCACUUGUGCAGCAGUUGUAUCCCAGACUUCAGUCCUUCUUCGCCAAGCCGGGUGCUUCCAAUCUCUUCUUCAAACUUUUGCUCACGGGUAUCACAAACAAAGCCGCACAAUACGGUGUAAUGAUUCCUAAAGAUGCUGCGGACAAUGACAUUGUAUCGCUCAGCGCGAACCUAGGCUCGAUUCCUUCUGUCCCAACAUCAGUUGGCGCUGACAUAUCUCUUGGAGACUCAGGAGGGCAAUAUCCCGAUGGAGGACAAUUCGGACCGGCCGGCUCCCCGUCUGACUCAUCGUCUGGCGCAGGGCUGACACCAGAUCGAUUAACGGAUGCUCUGAGCGGAUCAAGAGUGCUCGUUAGCGUCUUCGGUGGAUUGAGAUCUCCUAAUCAAGUCAGAGACGUUCUGAAAGAGGCAGUGAAAGGAAUUCUGACUGAUUUGCUCCGUGUGGACGUCAAUUCUGCAUCCCGCCUGGCCGAUAUCUCGACCUCUUUUGCCGUGAGGUUGCCCAUCGGUUCUUCGUCUGGCGAGUAUGUAAGACCACUUGUGCAGCAGUUGUAUCCCAGACUUCAGUCCUUCUUCGCCAAGCCGGGUGCUUCCAAUCUCUUCUUCAAACUUUUGCUCACGGGUAUCACAAACAAAGCCGCACAAUACGGUGUAAUGAUUCCUAAAGAUGCUGCGGACAAUGACAUUGUAUCGCUCAGCGCGAACCUAGGCUCGAUUCCUUCUGUCCCAACAUCAGUUGGCGCUGACAUAUCUCUUGGAGACUCAGGAGGGCAAUAUCCCGAUGGAGGACAAUUCGGACCGGCCGGCUCCCCGUCUGACUCAUCGUCUGGCGCAGGGCUGACACCAGAUCGAUUAACGGAUGCUCUGAGCGGAUCAAGAGUGCUCGUUAGCGUCUUCGGUGGAUUGAGAUCUCCUAAUCAAGUCAGAGACGUUCUGAAAGAGGCAGUGAAAGGAAUUCUGACUGAUUUGCUCCGUGUGGACGUCAAUUCUGCAUCCCGCCUGGCCGAUAUCUCGACCUCUUUUGCCGUGAGGUUGCCCAUCGGUUCUUCGUCUGGCGAGUAUGUAAGACCACUUGUGCAGCAGUUGUAUCCCAGACUUCAGUCCUUCUUCGCCAAGCCGGGUGCUUCCAAUCUCUUCUUCAAACUUUUGCUCACGGGUAUCACAAACAAAGCCGCACAAUACGGUGUAAUGAUUCCUAAAGAUGCUGCGGACAAUGACAUUGUAUCGAUCAGCGCGAACCUAGGCUCGAUUCCUUCUGUCCCAACAUCAGUUGGCGCUGACAUAUCUCUUGGAGACACAGGAGGGCAAUAUAUGGAUGGAGGUCAAUACCGUGAUGGAGGACAAUUCGGAGCAUCUGGCGGACAGUACCCCGAUGGAGGAGAAGUCGGAACUUCUGGAGCUGCCGAUUUGAACAUAGCCUUUAAUGAUAUUCUGAAUUCCAAUAAUGGUUUGAAAUCUCCUCAAGCUGGUUUAAGGGUCAAAAAUUUAACAUCUGCUUUGAAACAGGCGAUCCGUGCGAAUGGCAUUGAUGCUAAUUUAAUAUCCGCUACACUGAGGGAAUCCUUCUUGAAGGUGAAAAAUUCUGGCAUGUCCUCAGAUAAAGCUACUAUUGAAAGUUUGAUGGAAUUAAUUGCUGCCUUUGUAAAUGUUCUUGGAAGUUCUAGCCCAGAUCCAACAAAAUCAACAGCAUUGGGAUCUUCUAUUCAAACUGAAAAUGGAGCUGCCCUAUUUAACAGUAUGAACUCCAACGAUUAA